AGCAAACCAAUCACCGGUAUUAACAAUACUCAAACAUACAAAAAUAAACAAUUUAAGUGCAAUUAUAUUCUCUCUGAAAAUAUCUUAUUAUAAUGAUUCAUGAAGAUGUUAUUCUUGUUGAUAUUCACUAGGGUUAAUGUUUUAAUAAGAUAAUUAAAUUCAAUCAGAAAAAUGUGUAAUUUGGGUAUAGAAGUUUGGAAUUUAUGUUUGUGUAUAAAGUAUUUGACAACAAGAAUACAAUAAAAAAAACUAUCAUUUCAGUGGUUUUGUUAUCAUUGCAAUAGUAACAUAUUAUAUCUUUCAUGUCAAAAAUAUAGGCAGUGUUCAUAAUGGUAAAUAAGUACUUUGCAAGGUUUUCCCAAAAUUCUGACACAAAUUUACAUUCAAAGAACAAGUGAGACAGAUUCUCACCUUUUCACAGAAAAGGCAGAUAUCAUCAAUAAUAAUUUGCAUUAUUCAGAAUAUCUACAGAUAGAAGUUCCACAACCAAAAUGAAUACAAAUGGCGAAAUUGGGCCUCACUUAUAUUGAUACUAAAUCUUUUGGAAGAAUUAAGGUUUAGUAGCACAUAACUAUUUAUAUAUUUGUAAAACAUGCGAAUUACUUUAAUAAAAUGUUCAUCAAAUCCAAAAAGUUUAAGAGACCUAAAGAUAAAUUAAUGUUCAAUUGUGUCAAAGGCUUUACAGAAGUCCAGAAAUAGGACAACCGCAUCUGAGUCUAUUGCAUCUGAAUAAUCUAUAAGGUCUAUAAGGUCCAAGACUAAACGAAUGUUAGAGGUUAUGUGACGGCCCUUCAUAAAUCCUGUUGAGUCUCAUUUAUAAACACCCGGAAGCAGGUGUGUAAUCAUUAGCAAAACAGUUGCGUUUUGCAACGAAAACGAGAGUUUAUAUUAGACAAAUUCAUGAAGGCCCCUCCCGGUUUCGUUAUGUUUGCUUCCAGAAACGGGCAUGCAUGUACAUGUAUUUACCUGGAGUGUCUGAGGGUGGCGCUGUUAGUAAUUACUACGUGAUCAUCUGUACUUGCACUUGACACAUGAAAUCAGAUUUUAUUUAUUUAUUUUAAAAAAUGUAACUAGGCAAGUCAGUUAAGAACAAAUACAUAUUUACAAUGACGGCAAUGACGGCCUAACCGCCUUGUUCGGGGGCAGAAUGACAGGGGUGACAGGGGGAAUGACAGGGGGCAGAAUGACAGAUUUUUACCUUGUCAGCUAAGGGAUUCGAUCCAGCAACCUUUCGGUUACUAGUCCAACGGUCUUGGUUACUUGCAGCCCCAGAUGAACAUAGUUCUUUUACCCGCCUCAGUGUGCUAAUAUAUUACAUGUUGUCAGUAGUUAAAAAGUAAUACAAAGAAAAGCUCAACAUUACAAAACAUGGAACAAAUGACACCACCAACUACUCUGAACCUAGAGGAAAAUCUAGCCGAAAAUUGGGAGUGUGGAUCCAUAAAUUAAACCUUUAUAUCCCAGCUAUAUCAUCUAUCAUCAUAUAUCAUCAGCUGUCAGAGCAGCUUACCGAUCACUGUACUGUACACAGCCAAUCUGUAAAUAGCACACACAACUACCGCAUCCCCAUAUUGUUACUUAUCCUCUUGCUCUUUUGCACCCCAGUAUCUCUACUUGCACAUCUAUCACUCCAGUGUUAAUGCUAAAUUGUCAUUCUUUCACCUCCAUGGCCUAUUUAUUGCCUUACCUCCCUACUCUUCUACAUUUGCACACACUGUACAUCGAUUUUUCUAUUGUGUUAUUGACUGUAUGUUUGUUUAUGUGUAACUCUGUGUUGUUGUUUUUGUCGCACUGCUUUGCUUUAUCUUGGCCAGGUCGCAGUUGUAAAUGUCAACUUGUUCUCAACUGGCCUACCUGGUUAAAUAAAUGUGAAAUAAAAAUAAAGAAAAUAAAAGCUAGUGGCAUCUCAGAGAAAUCCGAAAAAGUGAAGUGUGCCACAUUCCUGCACAUAGCCGGAAUACGUUUGAUUUUGACGAUGAUGUAGAUGACUUGGAUGUAUUAAAGUAGCUUUUCCCCGAACGUACUGUGAGACAAAUCGGAUGUACCCGAGGCAUAUCUUGUAAUGUAUUGUCUGUGAGAGACUUGAAAACGCUGAAAGUGUGUGCCGAUUCCGUGCAAAAAUCCAACUGCAAGGUAGUGACGUAUUCUGGCCACCAGCUAGAGCCAAAAGGCAAGAAACUCCGAUGUCAAUACAAGAACAGUGUUCGAACUGGAAUUUCAAGUGACAUAAGAUGCACCUGCAAUACUUGGAAGAUCAGCUUGUCUGCAAAUGGGCUUAAUAAAGAGUAUAUUCAAACUUGAACAAAGGACAGAGACUGACAUUUGGAGUUUAUAUGAACAUUUAUUCACAGGACUUGGAUGUGUUGCAGGAGUUCAUCACAUGCAAAAAUACCCAGAAGUCACACCAGUGGUUCCCUCACCCAGAAAAGUGCAUGUAGCACAAAAAAAACUUGAAAAGGAACUGAACUGCAUGGAAAACAUGGAUGGCAAACUGAGCCUACUGAAUGGGUAAACAGCUUGGUGACAAUUGUGAAGCCAAACAAAAUAUGGGUAUGCAUUGACCCACAGGAUCUCAACAAAGCCAUCAAGAGAGAACAUUUUUAUUUUUACCUUUAUUUAACCAGGCAAGUCAGUUAAGAACAAAUUCUUAUUUUCAAUGACGGCCUAGUGGGUAAACUGCCUGUUCAGGGGCAGAAUGACAGAUUUGUACCUUGUCAGCUCGGGAGUUUUGAACUUGCAACCUUCCGGUUACUAGUCCAACGCUCUAACCGCUAGGCUACCCUGCCGCCCCGAGGGUGGCGCUGUUAGUAAUUACUACGUGAUCAUCUGUCCUUGCACUUGACCCAAGCUGAGAGAGCAGUUCAGACUGUGAAGAACCUAUUGAAAAAAGCAUGCGACAGCAACAGAGAUCCUUACAUAGCUCUCUUUGAGUACAGAAACACACCCCUGGAUGGAGUAGGUUUCUCACUUGCAUAACAACUAAUGGAAAGAAGGCUGAAGACAAAGAUUCCGACAUCAAAGAGAUUUAUAAAGCUGUGAGGAAACCACGCCUCAAAAUAUUCAAAUGAGCCGCAGCCCAGCGACAAUCUAUUUAUCACUAAAAGAGCAAAGAACCCCUUUGUGAACUGAAAGAACCAUUGAAAAGCUAAAAUGGUUCUUGGAGUUAUGGUUCAACAUAGAACCAUCACCCUUCCCAAAUAACCCUUGAACCCUCUUUUCUUAGUGUGCAAGUGAAUCUAUAGUCCACAAGAUGCUGCAGGCUACCUGGAGAAACACAACAAUUAUUGACAAAUGUUAUACCCGUGGCAUACUAGGUAUAAUAAAAAAUAAAAAAUGUAAUCUGCUGUUGUGCCCUUGAGCACCUGCUCACCAUCCAGGGGUGCUGCACAGUGGCUGACCAUCUGCCUCUCAACAUGAGCCAAGCAAAUAUUAUGGCGAUUUUACAGAUAAAUGUCGUUCUUCCACUACUACAACAGCCACUACUUCUACUCCUACCACCACCACCAAAGAAACUACCCCUAAAACUAAAACUACUGCUGCUACUCUUUCUUCAACCAUUGAAACAACUCCUGCACCCUUGACAACUCCUUCCUCUCCCCCCAUUUACUCACCCAGCUCUACUACACCUUCUCCAAUCCCUUCCACCAACACCUUCACAACUCCUGUCCUUACCACUACCACAACUCUCACUACUUCAGCUACCUCUCCAGAUCAGGAAGUCAGUCGUCUUGCUGUGGAGAUUAAUCUGAGAGCAACCUUGGUUGCAGACAGUAUCUGAAAACAAGAUCUCAUUCAACAUCGCAGAGAUUUUGAACCCUGAACUCGAGGUGAACCUGCCCCCCAACCUUCUCUCAGGGCUAAAGUGGAGACACACCCCUGACAUGGUUAAGUUCAUCUUCUCUGUGCUUAAAACCUCACCACCAAAUUGGGAAAAAGAGAAUACAACGUGUGUCUACCACAACCGGAGUCGAGGUGAAUGGGUCACUGAUGGCUGCCACACCCUGAGGCUCACUAACCAGACCAUCUGUAGCUGUGACCACUUCUCCUUUUUUGCCCUCAUGAUCCCUGAUGUGAAGCUGAGUGAGGUCCAUGCCAGGACGCUGAGUGUGCUCACCUGUGUGGGCGGAGCCAUCUCUGUGUUCUUCUGCACCAUCACCUUACUGACACACUGUCUUCAGCAUUCACGGAAAUCUACUGACCAUGCCAUGCUGGUUCAUCUCCAGUUGGUGGCAUCUCUGUUGUUACUCAACCUGCUGCUCUUGACCAGUGUGGGUUUGGCCUUUGUGGGCCCUGCAUCUAUGGCCCCUGGCCUGUGUCCUGCCGUGGCCGCCCUGCUGCACUACUCACUGCUCUGCUGCUUCACCUGGAUGGGCCUGGAGGCUCUGCAUCUGUACAGGCUGCUGGUCCUGGUCUACAACACCUACAUGAGACACUACCUGCUGAAGCUGAGCCUGCUGGGCUGGGGGUUCUUCCUGUUCCUAUGGCUCUGCGUUAAGAGACUGCGGGGGGGGGGGGGGGGGGGGCAGAGCAGAGUUCCAUGACAACUGGACAGAGCUCAAGCACCCACAUUCUCUCCGUUGGAAGCGAGGUCUGGCCCUCUUCUGGAAGAACAAGGCAGUCAGUGCAAGAGGGAGCAAUUGCUGACAAUACAGCUAAGUUCUGACCAAAAGCUGACUUUAGUUUGUGAUGCUUUAGCUCACUGAGAUGAAAGGAAAUCUACAAAUGGAAAUGAAGUACGGUGAAGGAAUUGUUUUGCUUCGGUCCCAUACAGUACAUCACAUACUUAAAUAAAUGUUAAAGCAGAUAAUCCUUAAGAAAGAACGUGUUGUACUCCUAUCGUUUAAUUUCUUCCUGUUAAAAUGAGAUUUGCUGUUUUAUAUGCCAUGAUUUAUAUGCCACCUUUCACCUAAAGCCUUCUAUUAUUAUUAUUCUGGGAUGGAAAGGGGAGUUGGAACUGUUCUCAGAGAUGAAACUAAAGUGAAUUAUAAUGAUUGUAAACUAAUUCUGUAAUAAAUAUACAUAUACAGUACCAGUCAAAAGUUGACACUGUCAUGACGUUGGCCUGGGGGAUGGGUUUAUGAGUCAUAAAUACCUCUUCCCCCCUUUAUCCUCUCUCUAACCUACUGAGGUUACAUUUUUAAAAACACUUUUUUAACAUAGAGAUUCUGGGUACAUCAGAAGGUGGGGGGAAAUGAACUAUAUUCUGGUAAUCCGAACAAUUGAACAUAUGCGGUGGUACUUAAUGAAUAUGAUGUCAGUUCGGUUGUCAUCUGAGACAUUCUCAUCAAUGAUAAGAUGACAUAAACUCUACAGUGGAAAGUCUACACAUCAGAGUUAUCGGAUUCACAUGGAAUUGUUGUAUAAUUUAAAUGUUUGAAUAUGAAAUUAUUUGUGAUGGGAUGAAAUGUGAUUUUAGCUUUUAAAAUGUGAGAUGUGGGUUUUCAUAAGAUAUUGCUGCUCACUCAGUGGCCCGCCUCUGUGAAGGGACAUGGGCUAUAAAACUUUUCAAACACGACCUCUUCUCCCUUCCUAUAUAAAGCCUUGACGACAACAGAACUUCCUGUUCCGGUGAGGUAGGAUGACGGUCCUAUGUCAGAAUGGUUCAGAUAACUACAGAACGAAGACAACAUCAGCAUGAGCAACCAAAUUGCGAAUGGUAUGAACUUUGAACUCUUAUUCACGACAGAAGUGAUACCUCCUAGCCGUUGAGUUAGCGACCGCAGCUGCAAACGCAGGUUAGGAAGGAACAGACAAAGUAUCCCGUCUACCACACAACGACGUUACUACAACGUAUCCAAUUGACCACCAGAGACAUUCUUCAAAGGACAAAGGACUCGGUUGGGCAACACGGCCUUCCAUCUACAACCAACCUACUGAAGCACAGCUCAGAGUAAAUAUUUAUUGCAUUUUCCUUUUCCAAAUGGGUGGUAAUUUAGAAUGCAUAAGAUACUGCACAGCUUCACCUUUGUUCCUGUCUUCCCGCUCUUUCACUCAACCCAGCCCCUUUUCCUUUGUGUAACAAGCUGUCAUAUCUGUUCCGCCCGCUAGGGACGUUUUCCUUUAUGACGUCAUUUGUAAUCAAGUUAUGAUUUAAUUAUGUGCAUUUGUGAUUCUGUGUGAUUAGUUUGGUAUUUAGUAAAUAAAUGAUUAAACCCAAA